AUCCCGGAUUCUAAUGGCACAUACAAAUGCUCGACGACUUUGCACAGAGAAUGUGCGGCAGAGAUGUAUACGUGGUGUAAGGCCCGGGGACACUACCGCCUUUGGGCGUAUCUGUACAUCAAUUGGUACUGCCCAGAACAGUGGAAACUGUGGGCACGGGCGGCCGAUCCUAGCGACAUCCCCGUGGUGAAGACAUCGAUGAUUGUUGAGUCGCAUUGGCGAACACUGAAGCACGACUAUCUGCAUCGAUUUAAUCGCCCGCGGGUUGACCUGGUGGUGUGGGUCUUGACAUCUCGAGUUCUCCCGGAUGCAGUUCAUCGAAUGACAGCCAUAUCUAGUGGACAAUUCCGCGUGUUUAAGGCUCGCUGGCGAGAAGCAUUCAAAAAACAAUGGCGAAGGGAAAGCUGUAAGGCAGUUCAUCUGGACAAGUUGAAGGAAUACCAUACCAAUCCAGCCAACUGGGUUUGUGCAUGCAAAUCCUUCCUGCACAGCCGCUUCCUUCUAUGCAAACACAUUGUGCGUUGCUUUGAGUCACCCAGUCCUGGAUUUUUCGAAACUGUCAGUCGCCAAACAACAUAUCCUUUCUGGAACAAUGCCCAACUGAUCUUGCGACCCGAAUGUGACCCUGGAGAGGGGUUCAGGUCCGGGAAGUUGAACGGGAGCAAUCAAGUACGAGUUGCCGCACUGGAGCUUGAACUCGACUCCUCAGAGAGCGAUUCAGAGCUAGGCGGCAGUGAUGAUGAUCAAGACGCCAUCCCAAUGGAAAUACAGGUAGCAGAAUUCAGGAAGACGAUGCAGGAUGUAAUGGCACUUUUUGAGGACCAGGUGGCCAAGGGAAAUGAGAAGUUUGUGGAAAGAUUCAUAGCGUCUCACCAGAUGGAUCGUACCUUGAUGGAUGAAGUUAGGCAUCGUCGUAAUAUACGCAGCAUGCCACGGACUUGGGGUAAAUGGCGACACCCUGCAACCAUAUAUUUGAAGUAA